ACACUUGUGUGCUCGGCAGACAUAUAAUGACUUGAUUUACACCAACUUUGAUGUAUUUUGAGAUUUGUCACAAACACUUCUCCACAUGAAGCGAUGCUUUUGGUCCUGUUCAAUGAUGUGUCCGCUGAGUUCCUCCUCCAGAGUGAAAUCUUUCACCGAUUCACUUCUCAUUGUUACAGUUAGAAUCUUUUGCAAGUUCUCUUUUCUAACUUCCUUGUAACGUACUGUAAAUGGGACCCAUGGGAGUCUUUCCCGAAAGAGGUGGUGAACUCGGCCUCUCGGAUGUUCGUUCAUAACCCGAUAAUCCAGAAUAUCCCCUCUGUUUGUUUUCAAGGUGUUGUUUUAAUUGAGGUGUCGUUUUUCACCACGACACACAAUGGAGUUUAUAGAUACAAAUUAGAGGCUUUUGCUUUGCUCAAAGCAUAUUUAUAUACACUUAUGUCACCCGAGAUGUUUUCCUUGGUUCUCCGUGAUUGCCUGACCUGCAUGAUCUUCCUGCUGGCCUGCCCGCCGUGUAAAACCGCCAUGGUUGUGUUUAGGCUGCAGGUUCAUAUGUUGAACGGGGCUCUCUUGGCUUUAAUGUUUCCCGUGGUCAACACCAGACUGCUGCCGUUUGAAAAGGAGAUUUACUACAUUCAACACUCCAUGUUGUAUCUGGUGCCACUUUACCUUUUCAGGAAAGGAGGCGUGUACAGGCCUGAGCCGCUGGGGGACAUAUGGUGGGCGCUGCUCUCCACCGGCAUCCUCUUCCUCUACCACUUUGUCUUCUUGCAAGUUCUUGGUCUGGUAACCGAGGUGAACCUCAACAACAUGCUAUGCCCGGCCGUGUCCGAUCCCUUUUACGGACCUUGGUACCGGGUGUGGGCGGCGGGCCACCAGACCCUUCUGACGCUAAUCCACGGGAAGCUUCUGACACUACUCUCGCAACACACGGGCCCCGCGUGCAGACACCUGCUGGAUUCGCUCCGACCGCGCAGCAAGAAAGUCGAAUGAAGCGGCGAAUACGUCGCGAGCCUUUCACUCUCAAUGCCUUUUACGUUGCUUUUAUUGACCGUUUUUUUUUAGUCCGUCUUUUACCGUUUUAACGUUACACGACUUGCACGUACAUUUGUUCAGACAUGCAGGAGAUGUUUUCUCACGCUGCCUUUUUAUGUUUGACCCCCCCCCCCCCCCACCACAGAUCUGUUGUUGUCCCUCUUUCACGCUUUUUUGUUACGCACUGUAAAUGUGAAUUCAAGUCUGUAUCUGGUUAUCGUGGGAGGAGGGUCAUCAAUGUUGCCAUGAUUGAUAGGAGAGUGUUUUGUGUUGAAAGGAAGAAGGGAAAGUUAUUUAAGUCAAUGUAUGAUUUCCACUUUCCAGCCAUCAAGUUACGCGAUGAUAAGGGAACAUUAAGUGUGCCGCUUAAGCGCACUCUUGUGGAAUUUAGAAGGACAUCAAAAAUGCGCAAUUAUGAAUUGAUUUUUACUAAUUGUGCAGUUUUUGGAUGAAGUCCUAAAUUCCAGUUCAAAUGUUUGGUCAUCGUUGAGAUGAAUGUGGAUUUGCAGGAUAAUUCCGCCAAGGAAGUUGGGCUUUUGUCAGGAGAGAUUUAUUCGCCACGGUGAAACUUGAAUAGCGUCGAUUUGCUCCUGUUGAUAUUCACGAGGACCUGUCAGAAUCCUCCGCUAAUACGAGACCGAAUUAUCCGAUAAUCACUUUGGGCGAUUCGGUAACGACGGAAAAGAAAUAUUUCUUCAGUCAGGUUACGUAUCAUUUCAAGUAUGUGUGGGUUGCGUCAUUGUAGCAUAUUAUAGUACGCAUAUAUUGUAUACUUUGAUUUAAAGAAGGGAUGCUUUUCUACUCUUAAGGGAUGAUGUAGGUUCUUAAUUAAAAUUUAUUUCGGUUGA